CUUUGGCCACACCCCCUACACCUUGCUCCGAGCCCGGCCUCCUCCCCUCACUGUGCAUGCGCACGGCGGGUGGUUUAGCGGGUCUCCCCAGUCCAAUUUCCCCCUGGAAGGAAGCGGGGGAAAGAUGCACGCAGGCGCACUGGCAUCUAAGGCUACGCCCAAUCAACGCAUCGAGGCAUCUCCGCGCCCUGUCGGCUCCUCCCUACUCCCGGAACCCGGGAAAACUUCUAAACUAAUCAAAAAAGGCGGAAGGCGGGAGAUCGGGGGACCCACCCGGAGCGCCGCCCAAUAGAGAGGAUGAGGGUAAAUGAGAAGGCCAAUCAGGAACGGCACAGGGGGCGGGCUUGCUCGGCGCGAAGUCUACCCGGGAAUUCCGAAGGAGGGGUCGACGCUGCCCGCGCGCAGAGGCCGUGCCCCUCCCUGCCCCGGCUUCCUGGCUGUCAAACUGCUGCGGGAGCGGUUGCACUGGCCCUGGCAGAGAAGCCUAAAGGAUACUACCUGGAGCAGAGACCACUCCGAGAGUGCACCACGCGGGUAGAUCUGAAACUGCGCUGGUGCCGGGACGUAAAGGGUCGUUUUGCCUUGCGGAAUCUCAAGGAGCGCCUUCCUCUGUUUUAUCCCACCCAGAGAAGCCAGGAGAUUGGAGGCUUCCCGGGAUGUUUGACUGCCUAAGAAUCCAACUUAACUGAGGUGUCAUUGGACGUGUUCCGGUUUUUGCAUUGGGCCAGCACCUUCCUGGGAUUCUUUGGUAGCAAAUCUGUUUAAUAAUCAACUUUACAUUGCGUUCAGGCUACUUGAGCUCUGAAUUUUGACUACUAGAGUUGUGUACUCAAAGUUGAAAUUACACACAGCACAGCUCAUUUGUUUCAGACUGAUACGUUGUUAACUACAGCCAGGGAUGCAUGGCUGAGGAGUGGAAAAGGUGAUGGAUUCCUGAAAGAAAGGUGGUGUGGUGGGGGCACCACCCAUGCUACCCUGCUUCCAACUGCUACGCAUAGGGGGUGGCAGAGGCGGUGAUCUCUACACUUUCCAUCCCCCCACGGGGGCUGGCUGCACCUAUCGCUUGGGCUGCAGGGCCGACCUGUGUGAUGUGGCCCUGCGGCCCCAGCAGGAACCCGGCCUCAUCUCUGGAAUCCAUGCUGAGCUGCAUGCUGAGCGCCGGGGUGAUGACUGGAGGGUCAGUGUGGAAGAUCACAGCAGCCAAGGGACUUUGGUAAAUAAUGUCCGACUCCCACGGGGCCACAGGCUGGAGUUGAGUGAUGGUGACCUCCUGACCUUUGGCCCUGAAGGGCCCUCUGGAACCAGCCCCUCGGAGUUCUACUUCAUGUUCCAACAAGUCCGGGUCAAACCUCAGGACUUUGCUGCUAUUACUAUCCCACGGUCUAGGGGAGAAGCCAAGGCUGGUUUCCUGCCAAUGCUGCCUUCCCAGGGGGCCCCACAGCGGCCCCUCAGCACCCUCUCCCCUGCCCCUAAGGCCACACUGAUCCUCAACUCCAUCGGCAGCCUCAGCAAGCUCCAGCCCCAGCCCCUCACUUUCUCCCGGAGUGGGGGUGGGUCACAGACCCUGCCUGAUCCUACUCCAGCUAGGGAAGUGGGUACCACGCCUGCCCCACCCCCAAGAAAUCGGAGGAAAUCUGCUCACCGAGUGUUGGCAGAAUUGGAUGAUGAGGGUGAGGCUCCCGGGAACCCCCAACCAGUCCUCACAGAGCCCAGGAAGAAACUCCGUGUGGAGAAAACCUCACUGACACCCAGUGGAAAUCAAAGUGGCCGUCCUCAGAAGCACCCAGUGAGUGCCCCCAUGAUUCCCCCUGUAAUUGUUGGGGAACCCUGUGCAGCCCCUUGUUACAGCCUGCCCCAAGAAGAGACAGUGGCCUGGGUUCAGUGUGAUGGUUGUGACAUCUGGUACCACGUGGCUUGUGUUGGCUGCAGCAUCCAGGCUGCCAGGGAGGUCGAUUUCUGAUGCCCAGGGUGUUGUGUUGGGAUCCAAACCUAA